GUCUGUGGUUGUAGUAACCAUCUGCGUUGAGAAAGCUUCUUUUCUACUGUGGCUGCUAUGACCUAGCCACCGGACGACGCUUUCUGUUUUCGGGACUGACCACCGCGUCCGUGAUUGCUUUAGUGUCUUUGGUGCUCGUGAAGAAAGCAUAGCCCAUUAUAUGGUCGCAUUCCUACGUUUUUUUCUCAGUAGACGCUGGCCUCUGGGGCUAGCUGGCUACAGGGCAGUGACAGAGAGGGGCCAGCUGGUUGGAUAGAGGUACAGUAACGCUAGCAAACAAGCUAAUUAGCCUGGAUUAGUGUGAAUCAAAGACAGCGCAAGUCUGCGCUCCUUCUUUUGCGCCAAAAUGAAAAUAAUGGUGGAUUUUGAGGAGUGCCUGAAGGACUCGCCCCGGUUCAGAGCCACCAUAGAGGAAGUGGAGGGGGAUGUGUGCGAGCUGGAAUCUAAACUGGACAAACUGGUGAAGUUGUGCAUUGGGAUGAUCGAUGCUGGGAAAGCCUACAAUGCAGCCAACAAGCAGUUUGUAAAUGGAAUCCGGGAACUGGCCCAGCAGUCCACUAAAGAUGAGGUCAUUGAGUCGAGCCUCACAAAGUUCGCAGAGAGUCUUCAAGAGAUGAUCAACUAUCACACGAUUUUAUUUGAUCAGGCCCAAAGAUCGAUCAAGACUCAGCUUCAAACCUUUGUGAAAGAUGACCUUCGUAAAUUUAAAGACGCCAAAAAGCAGUUUGAUAAGGUGAGCGAAGAGAAGGAGGCAGCGCUCAUCAAGAAUGCCCAGGCCCCACGUAAUAAGCAGCACGAGGUGGAGGAAGCCACUAAUAUCCUUACUGCCACACGCAAGUGCUUCAGACACAUCGUCCUCGACUAUGUCCUACAGAUCAACGUGCUACAGUCCAAAAGAAGAUCAGAAAUCCUUAAAUCGAUGCUGUCCUUUAUGUAUGCCCACCUGACUUUUUUCCAUCAAGGUUAUGACCUCUUCAGCGAACUCCAACCCCUCAUGAAACAGCUCGGGGGACAGUUGGACCAGCUGGUGGUGGAUGCAGCCAAAGAGAAGCGAGACAUGGAGCAAAAACACUCCACCAUCCAGCAAAAGGAUUUCUCAAAUGAUGACACAAAGCUGGAGUACAAUGUGGAUGCAGACAACGGCAUUGCCAUGGAGGGGUACCUUUUCAAACGGGCCAGCAAUGCAUUCAAAACAUGGAACAGGCGUUGGUUCUCCAUACAAAACAAUCAACUAGUUUACCAGAAGAAAUUUAAGGACAACCCAACAGUGGUGGUGGAGGAUUUAAGGCUAUGCACAGUUAAACACUGUGAAGAUAUUGAGCGCCGCUUUUGUUUUGAAGUUGUGUCACCCACUAAGAGUUGUAUGAUGCAAGCUGACUCUGAGAAACUAAGGCAAGCCUGGAUUAAAGCCGUCCAAAACAGCAUUGCCACAGCCUUCAGGGAUAAGGGGGAAGAUGCCGACAAACUAGACAGAAAGUCGUCGACAUCCACCGGUAGCCUGGACUCUGGAGGGGAGACAAAGGAGCGCUCUCUAAAAGGGGAGAAUGCUCUUCAGAAAGUCUUGGCCAUCCCUGGAAACUCGUGCUGCUGUGACUGCGGCCAGCCAGACCCGCGUUGGGCCAGCAUCAACCUUGGGAUCACACUCUGCAUCCAGUGCUCCGGCAUUCAUAGGAGUCUGGGUGUGCAUUUCUCCAAAGUGCGAUCGUUAACUUUGGACACAUGGGAACCAGAACUUCUAAAGUUAAUGUGUGAACUGGGUAAUAAAGUCAUCAACCAGAUUUAUGAGGCUCGACGGGAGGAACUAGGAGCCAGAAAACCAAAUCCUGGUGACCCGAGACACGAGGUGGAAGCUUACAUUAAAGCCAAAUACGUGGACCGGCGGUUUGUGCGAAGGCCAACAGACGAUGAGCUCCGGUCUAAAGUUGUGUCUUUGAGUAAACAAGAGAAGAGGCUCAGCAGCAGCUCCGACCACAUGCCCCCCCGAGCUCCCCCUCCCACUCCCAAAAUGCGCCCGAGCUCAAACUCUUCAGGACAAACAGUCAAAAGUGCAGACAGUGGCAUUCAGAACAGCACGGAUGGGAGCCGGGAGAUGCUGGCAACGACUCCUUCCAACAACAGCCUGGGUGAAGCUGAUGGUGCAGAGCCCCCUCCAAUGGCCAUGCCUGCCACCCUGCCGCCCCCGUCUCCCUGUAAAGACGUGGCGUUCUAUGAGCCAAAGGAGUACAGCCCCGGUCUGCAGCUGUUCUGGGCAUCCUGUGCCCGCAGCCUGCCCGACAUGGCCGAGGCGCUGGCCUACGGAGGAGAGGUCAACUGGGUCAACACAGACGACGAGAAGAGGACACCGCUUAUCAUGGCUGUGCAUGGCGGGUCACUGGUCACCUGUGAGUUUUUGCUACAAAAUGGAGCCAACGUAAAUCAGCAAGAUGCCCAGGGACGGGGACCUCUCCAUCACGCCACUAUGCUCGGACACACAGGGCAAGUUUGUUUGUUCUUAAAAAGAGGAGCCAAUCAAAAUGCUGCAGACAUAGAUGAGCAAACGCCUCUUUCAAUUGCUGUAGAAGCGGCAAAUGCAGACAUUGUCACAUUGCUGAGAUUGGCCAAGAUGAAUGAAGAGAUGCGGGAGGCAGAGGGACCCUACAGUCAGUCAGGGGAUGAAACCUAUCAGGACAUCUUCCAGGACUUCACCCACAUGGCGUCCAAUGACCCGGAGAAGCUGAACCGUUACCAGGGCUACGACCCCCCACGACCCUGACCCCCGCCCCGCUUCUAGCUCUCUGUCCAUCCGGAAUAGCAUCCCUUUGGAAGCUAAUUGUGCCUAUAAAGCUGAGGACUUUUGAUAAUAAACAACAUGGCGAAGCUAUCAUUACAUUUUAGUUUUUUGGUUUUUUUGGACGUGCAGCUGUGCUUACUUCUCCUGAUGAAAACUGCAGACACUUGAGUCAAUGAAUAAGACGUCUGCAGAUGGAGGACCACUCAGCCUUUUUAAACUGCUCCAAACCAGUGACCUUAAUGAGAGAAAGGUACCCAGAAUGCUUUUGGAAGGAUUGGUUAAGUCGAGAAACUGAGUGUCCAUUGACUGUGGUUGUACAGGUCUGAGUAUGGUCAGAUUAUAUGGUGAACAAAUAUUAUAAAUCAACUUUGUGAUUGGUAAUGAUCAAUUUAUACAAUGACUCCAUUUCAACUUUAAAGUAGGACUAUAUUUUGUGUUCUUAUCAAAUGUUGCUUUUGUGAAUGUCUACAUGCUUUUACUUUUUUGCACAAAAUGUAGUGUUCAAGAAACCACUGAUGUUUACCAUUUGGGAUGGUAAGACUUUGACGUGUUGAACCUUUUACAGGGACUACAGUCUGUAAUUUAAAUCUGGACUUUAUUUUUUACAUGUUAAAGGUACAUUAUGUAACUUUUCCAGUGAGGGGUUUCCACCACCUGCUUGUCUCCAUGGAGAUGCCUUUAUUCAACUACAAGUAUUUUUAUUGCUAAAACAAUGGUCUGAGUGGGGUCCCUCCUGGUCCGGUGCUGUCACCAGCUUGUCGCCAUGGAUAUUUUUAAUAUCAUACUAUGGAACAUUUCAGGCAAUUCAUAAACACUGCCAUUCAGACAAGCAGGUGGGGGACCCUUCACAGGAAAAGUUGCAUAUUGCACUUUUAAUGUUGCCAUGCUAUUUGUACCAGCAGUAUAGAACUCAUAUUUAGUGUUUUGUGCUUUCAGUCACAGUAUUUAGGCCUAAACUCCAUGGAGACGACUUAUGACCUGGACACAUUUUUACUGUGUGAAAUGUCCAUAGACUUUAACUGUAUUUUUUAUCUACACGUUGUAAUGUAUGUAGUUCAAGGAAACCUAAGCCAAUGCACCAUGGGAUAUAAAUCAUGUACAGCGUGUACAGAUGCGUUUAACAGAGGACUGAAGUAUAGUGGUACUUGAAUCAUUAAAUAAUCUUUUGUACAUGCUGUUCUUUGUACCUUUCCAUUUUAUCCUGUUUAUAUUGUCUGCUUGUACAUCACUAUAUACUGUACAUUGUACCUGCUCAGAAUACAAUACACAUAAAUGUGGGCUGUCGAA